AAGCAAACUGCUUGCUAUCCGCCACACAUUCAUUCAUUCAGAUGAGUAUCUCACUGCCACCAUCAUUCAGCUACACCCUGCCUGCAUCAAAUGUCUUUGUCAUUGGACUGGCUGGUGGUGCUGACUCAGGAAAGGAAGCUUUCUGCAGAGUUUUGAUUGAGCAACUGCAAAAAAAUCAAGUCGUUGACAGCAGCAAAGCUCUAUUGCUUCAUCUGCACGACUUUUACAGGGAGCUUACAGAGGACGAUCGCGUCCGCGCCGCAAAUGGUCUCUAUAAUUUCGACCAUCCAGAUGCAUUCGACUGGGACUUAUUAGCCCAGGUGAUGGAUGACCUCAAAGAAAGAGUUGCUACCAAGUUUCCCAAGUUUGAUUUUGCGACAAAGAGUCGAUCAUAUGAGACGCGUCCCAAGGACUUAGAAAGUCCCAGUGUAGUUCUUUUGGAAGGGAUUUUUGUUCUCUACAGUCAGAGGAUUCGUGAUCGCCUGAACAUGAAACUCUUUGUGGAUGUGGAUGAUGAUGCGCGUUUAGUUAACCGAGUUGCUCGUAAGGUUGCUGAGCCUAGUCCGGACUCUGUUGACCAUAUUCUUACUGAAUACAUCCGCUUCGUAAAGCCUGCUUUUGACGACUUUAUUCAACCGACUAAGAAGUGGGCGGACAUUAUCAUUCCUCGUGGAGUUGAGAACAUUACUGCUAUUGAAUUGAUUACUUCGCAUGCUGCCGAUCUGCUGGGUCGUCAACAGCAACCCAACUCUACUCGUCCUUCACGCAUUAAUUCUUCGUCAACUGUGUUGCAGGAGAUGUUGAGCACUCCGACAUCUAAUGCUUCCUCUACUUGCCCAUCCCCUCGCUCGCUUUCAAGGACAGCUGUAUUGAACAGCGCCGGUGGUAACAAUGGUAGUGAUCCAUGCUCACGCUCCAGUCUCAAUUCCUCGCCUAUACCGAGGAAGGAUGUCCUUAGUGGAUCAACCGAUAGCUUGUACAAGCCUGUGCCAGAGUGAAAUAUAUAUAUAUAAGCAAGAUUGCGCAAUGAGUGCCAAGAUCUUGUACAGCAAUAAACUAGUCUUCACUUUGAUUUAGUG